AUUUACUGAUGGAUUACAAUUUUCAGUGUGCCAAACUCGCUAGUUUUGUGGUGGUUAACAAUAUCUCGAGUUAGAACGUAUGCGAUGGUCUAGCUCAGACAAAGAAAACAGAAAGAAAGAUAUCUGAACGUACCCCUUUGAUGAUUAGGUACACACAAGGGGCGGAUACUUUUACCUUCAAACUGUGCGGCGCGAGUGUUGUAUGUGCGAUAGCUAACUAGCUGUAAACAACCAAUGCAGGGGAAUUUUUACAUUUAUGAGAGCUGAAAUGAAUAAUAUAAGUAUUAAUUUAACAUAUACACAAUAGCUUUUAGGUAAGUACGGGCGAAUGUAUGCAACACCCCCUGCUGUAGAGUAGGUGACAAUGAGAUAACAGCUAGCUAGUUAGCUAACAUGAGUUAAUUGUUUACUGUAACGUUUGAUAACCAUUGGCAAUAAUACAAAAGUUAGCUAGCAAGAGAACCAGCUAAGAUGACCAUGUUGAACACAAACAUGAUUAAUUGCUUUUUUCUUGACAGGGUGGUCGUCAAAAAUGCCUAUUCGUGCCUACUACACCAUCUGUUCCGAUUUCUUCGAUCACUCAAGAGAUGUGGCAGCCAUCCAUUGUGGACACACCUUCCACUAUGAAUGGUGAGUUACCAAUGGCAGUCAGAGGAAUCAGUCAACAUGUAGGAAAUAUUAUGGCCCGCUAGUAAUUGUGGCUCUAGGUAAAUGUAGUUGUCUAGCUGUUGUUAAAUGACAGUUGUUUUUACCCCUUCUGCUUACAGUCUUCUUCAUUGGUUUCAGACUGCUCCCAACAAGAACUGUCCACAAUGUAGAAAACAGGUAGGACUUGCUAUACUGGUGUCCCCUUCUGAACACUGGUGAUUCAUUCUGCAUGCAUUACAUCAAUCCCAUUCCACUCAAAAUGACUCUACAAAUACUUCUUCUGCAUGUUUCUCUUUAUGUCCGGACUCUCCCCUCAGGUUAGCACCAGACACAUUAUCAACAAGUUGUUCUUUGACAUUAGUGGUGAAGAAGAGGGAUCCUCUGCUGACCCAGAGAGUUUGCAGGUAGGCCUACACAAGGAGGAAACACUAUAUUUACGGCAUGUGGAUUGGGGUUCAUAUUAUUGUAUGAUUUGUCGUUUAUUCAGUGUUUCGUUCAUUUCUUCUGCAGAAUGAGCUCAAUAGAAUGAAAGCUGUUUUAAGUACCAAAGGUAAGACGCGAGUGAACAAAACUGAUGCUUGCUUUGAUAGACGAUGUGUCAUUAUGAUGGUGUAACUAUUUUGCAUUUUGUACUGCUGAAACAUUGACUUUUAUUUUUAUCCUCAGAGAGAGACUGAAGGGACAGACUGAAGAUGGUAGAACGCUUGAAGGAGACUGUAGACGGGCAGAAGAAAGACCUGGACAUUGUGAGGAAGGAGAUUGGUGAGAAAGAGAUGCUCUGCUCAGCUCUCAGGGUAGGUGCCAAGUUUUCAAACACAAAGACACAUGUAUUUACAUGCUCCUAUCUACCUGACAUGUCUCUAACAUGUAGUUUUAUUUUUACCCAGGCUGCCAAGGAGGAGGCCGAUGACUCCAGACGAAAAUGAAACAUGAGAGGUAGCCCUCAGACACACACUCACGCAAUAAUAAUUAGCACGCUAUCGUGCCGACCUUAACCAUACUUUGCUGGCUUGUAUAUUUUACUAGUGUGUGUGUGUGUGUGUGGCCUUGUCCUUGUGUGUGUGUGUGUGUGUGUGUGAGUGUGUGGCCUUGUCCUUCCCAGUCUGGAUGUGGUGUUGCAGGAUCAGAGAGCUGAGGUCGAGUCCAUGAUAUGGGUGUUGGCCAGGCUGCCGUGGAGCAGCUUUCAAUCUACUGCAUUUCUCUCAAGAAGUAAGGAACAUCAAACUCAUAGCUGCUGUGUGUUACUGUUGCACUAUACAUUGUCAGGGGCAUCACUGUUUUGGAAGUAUUUGUAUCAAGUAAUCCUAUUAUCGUUUGCAGAGAGUAUGACAACCUAAAUGGGAGCCUCAGAUCUUCAAACGAAAUGUGAAAAAAUCAAAAGGGAGGUGUUUGCUUCAAACAACAAGGUAAUGGAUGUAAACAAAUCACAUUAAUUGAAAUGUUCUGUGAUAAUGUCGGAUGUGUCUCUCCUUCCAAUUUCAGACUGACUGUCUCUCAUAGCUCUGUAGUUACAUAAAGCCACAAUGGAGAUGAACAGGACCAAGGAUGACAUGAAAGCUGUCCAAAAUGACUUGACCAACGCAGACAGAGAUCACCGUAAGAAACCCCCAUUCUUGAAAUUAUAAGCACUAUACAAAUUGCAAAGCUAUGUUUCAUUUGUAUAAUAAAAAUACGAAUUUAAUUUACUACUCACUAAUUUGUGUUUUUAAUAAAAAAUUUGAGAUUCUUCAAAAGACCUAACAAAUCCUUGAGCAGACUAGUCUUUUGGGGGGUUUGUCACUUCACCAAUCGAUUCUCUGCACAACACAUGUUACUUAGUAUACAGUGCAUUCGGAAAGUAUUCAGACCCCUUGACUUUUUCCACAUUUUGUUACAUUACAGCCUUAUUCUAAAAUUGAUUAAAUAAAAAAUGUUGCUCAUCAAUCUACACACAAUACCCCAUAAUGACAAAGUGAAAACAGUUAAUUUUUUAAAUUAUUGCAAAUGUAUAAAAAAUGGAAAAAUACCUUAUUUACAUAAGUAUUCAGACCGUUUGCUAUGAGACUCGAAAUUGAGCUCCGGUGCAUCCUGAUUCCAUUGAUCAUCCUUGAGAUGUUUCUACAACUUGAUUGGAGUCCACCUGUGGUAAAUUCAAUUGAUUGGACAUGAUUUGGAAAGACACACACCUGUUUAUAUAAGGUCCCACAGUUGACAGUGCACGUCAGAGCAAAAACCAAGCCAUGAGGUUGAAGGAAUUGUCCGUAGAGCUCCGAGACAGGAUUGUGUCAAGAUACAGAUCUGGGGAAGGGUACCAAAACAUUUCUGCAGCAUUGAAUGUCCAUAACAACACAGUAGCCUCCAUCAUUCUUAAAUGGAAGAAGUUUGGAACCACCAAGACUCUUACUAGAGCUGGCUGCCCGGCCAAACUGAGCAAUCAGGGGAGAAGGGCCUUGGUCAGGGAGGUGACCAAGAACCCGAUGGUCACUCUGACAGAGCUUCAGAGUUCCUCUGUGGAGAUGGGAGACCCUUCCAGAAGGACAACCAUCUGCAGCAUUCCACCAAUCAGGCAUUUUAUGGUAGAGAAGCCACUCCUCAGUAAAAGGCACAUGACAGCCCGCUUGGUUUGCCAAAAGGCACCUAAAGGACUCUCAGACCAUGAGAAACAAGAUUCUCUGGUCUGAUGAAACCAAUAUUUAACUCUUUGGCCUGAAUGCCAAGCGUCACGUCUGGAGGAAACCUGGCACCAUCCCUACGGUGAAGCAUGGUGGUGACAGCAUCAUGCUGUGGGGAUGUUUUUCAGCGGCAGGGACUGGGAGACUAGUCAGGAUCGAGAGAAAGAUGAAUGGAGCAAAGUACAGAGAGAUCCUUGUUGAAAACCUGCUCCACAGCGCUCAGGACCUCAGACUGCGGCGAAGGUUCACCUUCCAACAGGACAACGACACUAAGCACACAGCCAAGACAACGCAGAAGUGGCUUCGGGACAAGUCCUUGAGUGGCCCAGCCAGAGCCCGGACUUGAACCCGAUCGAACAUCUCUGUAGAGACCUGAAAAUAGCUGUGCAGCGACACUCCCCAUCCAACUUGACAGAGCUUGAGAGGAUCUGCAGAGAAGAAUGGGAGAAACUCCCCAAAUACAGGUGUGCCAAGCUUGUAGCGUCAUACCCAAGAAGACUCGAGGCUGUGAUCGCUGCCUAAGGUGCUUCAACAAGGUACUGAGUAAAGGGUCUGAACACUUAUGUAAAUGUAUUAUUUCAGUUUUUUAUUUGUAAUACAUUUGCAAACAUUUCUAAACCUGUUUUUGCUUUGUCAUUAUGGGGUAUUGUGUGUAGAUUGAGGGGGGAAAACAAUUUAAUCAAUUUUAGAAUAAGGCUGUAACAUAACAAAAUGUGGAAAAAGUCAAGGGGUCUGAAUACUUUCUGAAUGCGUUACUUUCUGAAACCUUCUUGGUAGAUCUGGUGUCAGUCACUGAUGAGUUAUUUUCCCCCUUGUCUUUCAGCCCUGCCCCAGUGGAGCUGAAACAGCCCUGUCUCCACCAGCCUGCCGACAGUGAGGACAUUGGCCUCAACAUGACCUUUGACAUCACCACCCCUGACCCGGUGGAUAAGAGGUUGUCACAGGUCCCAUCAAGAAGAUGCCUCUGGACCCAGCCGCUUGAGUCUCCCUCUACAUUGUGUCAUUGACGAGGGACAUAUGCUACUGACACUUAUUUGUUAAUAAACAGUUCUGAUUAAGUAUUGAUCAUAAUUAUCUUAUGUUCUUUGUUUCUCAGGUUGUCGUCCUCGCCGACCAAACACCAUUACAAAGCCUUGUUUGGAAGCAAGGUAUUUUACCACUUCCAAGGGUUCACUUAACACAUGCGCCACAUGAACAGACUUUUCUCUGGAUAGGAUCAUUUGCUAAAUUACUAAUGUAAUGUUACAUUUUAGAGCUAGAUGUGUUGUACAUUAGUGUGCAUGCUAUAAGCUUCUGUGUUUGUGAAUGAUCUCAGGUCAGAGAGGAGGCGGCGUCCAUGGAUACCUUCUUCCGUAACGCCAACCUGUUCAGGAAGAAGACCUUCGGCAGCAUGCUGGACCCCCAGAGGAGUAAACUGGGAGCUGUAGCUUUACCCUGACUAUUGUCUUUCCAUCACAACACUACAGUUACUGUAUGGAGAUUCUGGUCUCUUUCUUACUAUGGGCCUGUUACACAUGUUCAAACCCUCAAUUACAGUAGUCAAGUACAGUGCACUCCACCUAAAGACUUCCAAAACCAGACCCACUUAUUGCCCUUGCCUUCCUGUCUUGUUCCUGACAGCGAUAUUACUAAAUGUAUCACUAUCUCAUAUUCCAGGUCAGAAGUGGUUACGGUGGACUUGCGGGAAGGACCAAAUUCUUCCAGCCUGUAUCCUUUUCUUAAACCAUACAAUUCAGAUGUACUGACAGGUAUUUUUCAUUGACAUGGGUGUUGAAGUACGUAUUGUGACUGUGUAUUAUAUCCUCUAUGAUGUCUAUUGACAGUUAUGUUUGUUAUACAUUGCUGUAACUAAUCUCAUAGGAAGGAGGUACAGGUGAAUGCCAUUUGUUAUGGAAUGCCAUUUUCCUUAAUUCAGCCCCCCACACCAGUCUCCUUUGUCAGAGAUUCGCCCGCUCAUGAUGAAGGCCAAGAGGAGAAAAAAAUCCCGACCAGCUCCUCUCCCAAGAUCUCCACCUGCCUUACUCUUAACAGUUUUCUGGAGUGACCUGUCCAUCCCUUACUGAUGCAUGUGUGUCAGCUGGACCUCUGACACUAGCGACCAGCCCGUCUGGAGCAAUAGAGAGGAGCAACCUGAAUAGGUUUACCGGUCAGGUAAAAAUAACUUGGACCUCUUACUUGAGGGCCUGCUCCAAGCUUUGGGCAUGAAUGGGCAUAGCUGCUAGUUUGAUGAAAAUAUUUGUUUUGGUGUAUUGAGACUUCAUUUGGCUCAUCAUGAAACCCCCUGUCUGUGUUAAGUAAUUUUAUGUUGAGACAUUUUGUUUUUUUUCUAAUUUAUGAUUUUGAGUGUGAGGAAGCGUUAUCUGCUGACUGAAACAAGGGGGACUUUCCUGCAUUAUAUCAUUACUAGCAUCUGUGAAAAGUCAGGCAUUUGACUCGGUUGCACAUUACACAAAUCAAUGUUUUAUCUAUCUUUCGCACUUGAACAUUUCUUGUUUUACUUACACUGUCUGAAUAUUGUAAUACAGAAUUGUAUUGGAUAUUUAGAAGUUGUUUCUCACUUCCCCAGAACAUCAUUCUCUUGUUUCAAGUGCUAUUUUUCUUUUAGAUGCAUACUUUUACUUGUGAUUAAUGCGUAAGAUCUCUUGUUUGUGAAAUAAUAAACUAUCGUUAUUUUCAUAAAAACUGUUGAGUGUGGUGUGUUUAAAACGUUUUCUGUUUCUCCAUUCUACACAGACCUGGAUAAGGGUUUACUGCCAAAUGCAUCUCACUAUGAUACUGUAGUGGAGACAUCUCCACACACUCUAGUCUCCACACUACAGAAUGGUUAGCUUACCCAGUACAGUUCUGUUUUACUGUACAGGUUUAAUC